GGGUGAUGACGUCAGUGCAGGAGCGAUUGAACGCCAUGGCGGCUCAUGCUAGCGAGCUGGAGAUCGCAAAGAAGAAUUUAACCGAUGCGAUCGGCGAUAACGUCAAACAUUACUGGGCAAAUCUGAAACUGUGGUUCAAACAGAAGAUCAGUAAGGAGGAGUUUGACGUUGAGGCCCGUCGUCUGUUGGCCCAGGAGAAUGUUCACAUUCACAAUGAUUUUCUCCUGGCCAUUCUCACACGCUGCCAGAUCAUCGUCUCCACACCAGAGGGCACUGGACCAUCACAGUGGCAAGGUGGCUCUGCCUCAAAGCCUGGCAAACCAAAAGGGAAGAAGAAGUGUUCCACGAGACAGAAAUUUGAUCAUCGGUUCCAGCCUCAGAACCCUCUGAGCGCCGCCCAGCCCUUCAGCCCGCGAGAGGCGGGAGGUGAGGAGGAGGAGCUGCGUCUCAGCGCCCACACGCUGCUGCUGCCCACGCGGGGCCAGCUCGAGGCCCGUAUGAUGGUGACAGCUUUUGAGCUGGGCCUGGACAACAUCACAGAUGACGCUGUCAGCACCAUGAUCCAUGCUGUGGAGCAUCACCUGAAAGACGUCCUGACAGCUGUAAUCACCCGGAGGAAGGCGUAUCGGCUGCGGGACGGUCAUUUCCCUUACGCCUUUGGCAGUGAUGUCACGCCGCAACCUUAUCUGAAAAACAGCCUCGCUGCUUACCACAGUGUCACUGAAUGUCCUGCUCCAAGUGCUUCUCUCCCUGCUGGUCCACCACCUCAAGUGUCACCUGAUGAGGCUGAACAACAAGCUGUCCACUUGUUGGCUUGUUCUGCCGACAUUCUUCCUAUGCCUCUCUCUCCAAUCAGCUUGUUCGAUCUCCUGGAGGCGUUGCAGGUUCACCAUGGCGUGAUGCCCUCCCACACCAUGUAUGCCCUCAACAUGGAGCGCAUCCUGUCGCGGCUCUGGCACCCGAGCCACGAGGAACUAGAACAAGACCACGUCCACCGGCAGCGGCUCGCUGGGAAAGGGGGCAUGCACGUCAGCUGAGGAGUCCUGACACAGGACUGUGCAUAAACUGUGGAUAUCAUCAGGAACCAAACACGAUUUUAUCCUCAAAUGGAUCAGCUACAGUGUGUUCAGAAAAAAACAUGGAAGACCUGACGCACUGUAGCUGCUUUCUUCUUGUGUGUCCAGUCAGCACAUUUGGGGGUCGAUCAGCCAUAACUUUAAAUUCUGUCAUACAGUGAGAUUCUAAAUGUGAGGAUGUGAUAUUUGCGUUUAAUUCAAAUGCAGCUAUAAGGGCGCCGGACAAGAAAUCAAGGAUUCCAGCCCAACUUGCACUGUGUUUGGUUUGUGUGGGUUUGAAGCAGGGAUCAAGUGAAGUGGGGCUGCGUGGCCUGCAGUUCAUCUCGUUCACAUUGUCAGAUGUGCACCAAAGCUGUUGAUAACAACAGCUUCUAAGAAAACAUUACAGCCCAUACCUAAUCCCAUUGUCCUGUGUACAUGACCAGCUCACAACAUACUGCCCGUAGAAAGAAAGAAAUCCACGCUGGUGUUUUUAUGUCCUCUGGCUGAUUUGACCUCAUGUAAGGCUGAAGUUGGGGUCAACGCUAUGGUGAUCUUUAUGUCUAAUUUAAUGGGCCAAUCAGACUGAUAGAGAUGUGUACAGCCUCCUUUACAGAUGUCAGUCAAGCAGUUUGUAUUACAUCGUAAGGGGAGGUCUAGUCGAGGAGUAACUGAAAACAUGGCUUUCAUUUGACUGUGGGUGAGUUGGGUCUUUAGGAUCCACAUGGGUAAAGCUAAGUCCUUCAUAAACCUACAGUGACAAAUUUCCUGCGAAUCUCCGAAGUGUCCCUCUGUGUCGGUGGUCCACAUUGUUUGUGUGUUCGCCGCGUGUGUUUAGUACAGGGUUCAGAUGUGUAUAAAAUUGUAUCUUUUUCUACACAAAUGUUGUUUGUAUUUGGUUAAUUUUACAGACAGCACUUUAUGUAAAUAAAACAUGAAUCUUG